UUAUGCGGCGCCUCAUCAACUGGGAAGCCCAUGCCAUUGCCUGGGCCUCACGCGUUGGCAAUUUUCCAUCAUCCGACGAAUUGCAACACUUGCCCAAGCCACCAACCAACACAGACUCAAGAUCUGCUCCUUCAUUCUGUCUGUGCAGUCAUCUGCAUCUCAUCGCCGCUGCGACCAGUCGCCCUUUCAUCAUCUCCUCUCCCCGUCAAACAAACGAGGGGACAAGCAACAAACACUCCUCAUCCCACCCUCGGGUCGUUUAUCAUACCGACACGUCGAUCGAGCCUCAAACCCUGCUACCCCGCCACUUACUGGCGCACCACUCGUGCUGUUCCACGCUCGCUGAGCGCUCUUCCUCCUACAAUCUUCCUCUCUCGCCAUGUCGGUCACUAUCGCCGAGCUUGACGCGACCGUCAAAGCUUUUCAAGAGGGUCAUGGCGAAGUCCAAAAACAGGCCCAACAAAAGCUCAAUGAGUUCAAGGCAAACCCCGAUGCCUGGUUGAUGGCGGACACAAUAUUGCAAGAGGCUACCUACGUGCCCACCAAAUAUCUGGCAUUGCAGGUGCUGGAUGAUGUGAUCAACACUCGAUGGAAGGUUCUCCCGCGAGACCAAUGUUUGGGCAUCCGCAACUUCGUGGUCAAUCAAAUACUUCAUACCUCCGAGACCGAGGAUUCCCUCAAGGCCAACAAGCUCUUUCUCAACAAGCUGGAUUUGACGCUGGUCACGAUCCUCAAGCAAGAAUGGCCGCAGCAUUGGCCCACAUUCAUCAACGAGAUCAUCUCCUCUUGCCACACUGGUAUCUCUGUGUGCGAGAACAACAUGACCAUUUUGCGACUGCUGUCUGAAGAGGUCUUCGACUUCUCCCAGGACCAGAUGACCUCCACAAAGGCAAAGAACCUGAAAACCACCAUGUGCGCCGAAUUCUCGUCCAUCUUUCAACUGUGCAAUGAAGUCUUGACGACAGCCGACUCCGUAAGCCUGGUCAAGGCAACUCUCGAGACAUUGCUUCGAUUUCUGAAUUGGAUCCCCCUCGGCUUCAUCUUCGAAACAAAGCUCAUCGACACCCUCGUCACCAGGUUCCUCGAGCUCGAUCAAUUUCGCAACAUCACCCUCAAGUGCUUGACGGAAAUUGGUGGCUUGCAGCUGGGACAGCAAUAUCAGUAUGAUGACAAGCUCGUCCAAAUGUUCACCGAAACCUUGACGGUCGUUGCAAGAAGUAUCUCGCUCGAUACUGAUUUUCGAGAGGCCUAUGCCAAAGCUAAGUCUUCAGAUCAAGAAUAUAUCCUCAACCUCGCAAUCUUUCUCACCAACUACUUUUCCGCACAUCUUCAGACAAUCGAAAGAUUACCGAACUCCGACUACCUCCUACACGGCCAUUUCUAUCUCAUCAAGAUCAGUCUGAUCGAUGACAGGGAAAUCUUCAAGAUCUGUCUGGAAUACUGGAACAAGUUGGUCCAAGAGUUGUAUGAAGAAAUGCAACAGCUCCCAAUCACCGAACUCAACCCUCUGGUCAACAUGGGUGUCAGUGGGCUCGCUAACGGCGGUGCGCCUCAUCCCAGCACUUUGGCCAACUAUCCCCUCCGCAAACACAAGUACUCUCAAGUAUUGUCGAGCCUGAGGCAGGUCAUGGUGGAGAAGAUGGUUCGGCCGGAAGAAGUCCUUAUUGUGGAAAAUGACGAGGGAGAAAUUGUGCGAGAGUUUGUCAAGGAGAGCGACACGAUUCAACUCUACAAGACCACCCGUGAAUGUCUGGUAUACCUGACGCACUUGGAUGUUGUCGACACCGAGCAAAUCAUGUCCGACAAGCUUCAGCGACAAGUCGAUGGGUCCGAGUGGUCGUGGAACAACUGCAAUACUCUCUGCUGGGCCAUCGGUUCGAUAUCAGGGGCCAUGUCCGAAGAGACGGAGAAGCGUUUCUUGGUAACGGUCAUCAAGGACUUGCUUGGUUUGACUGAGAUGAAGCGUGGCAAAGACAAUAAAGCCGUGGUGGCCAGCAAUAUCAUGUAUAUUGUGGGCCAGUACCCACGUUUCUUGAAAGCGCACUGGAAGUUCUUGAAGACGGUGGUGAACAAACUCUUCGAGUUUAUGCACGAAACCCACGAAGGAGUUCAAGACAUGGCUUGCGACACGUUCAUCAAGAUUGCCAACAAAUGCAAGCGCCAUUUCGUAGCUCUCCAGCCGGGCGAAACGGAACCUUUCAUUGAUGAGAUUGUGCGUAAUAUGCGCAGGAUCACCUGUGAUUUGACUCCACAACAAGUGCACACUUUCUACGAAGCUUGUGGCUACAUGAUUUCUGCCCAAGGCCAGAAGAGCGUUCAAGACCGACUGAUCAGCGACCUUAUGUCUUAUCCAAACCAAGCCUGGGACAGCGUUAUUCAGCAAGCGAAUGCCAAUCCGGCAAUCCUCCAUGAUCCCGAGAUCAUCAAAGUGGUGGGAAAUAUUAUGAAGACCAAUGUCGCAGCGUGCUCGUCGAUCGGCAGUUACUUCUACUCCCAGAUUGGCCGCAUCUACCAUGACAUGCUCAAUAUGUACCGGGCUUCGAGCCAAUUGAUUUCCGAUGCUGUUGCUUCUGGAGGCAAUGUCCAGACUAAGACUCCAAAAGUCCGAGGCCUGCGGACCAUCAAGAAAGAGAUCUUGAAGCUCGUCGACAUCUACGUACAAAAGGCGGACGACCUGCAAAUGGUCAAUGAUAGCAUGGUACCACCAUUGCUCGAUGCCAUCUUGCUCGACUACCAGCGCAACGUUCCAGACGCCAGGGACGCCGAAGUCCUCAGCGUCACCACCACAAUUAUCCACAAGCUACAUAACCUCAUGGAUGACAAGAUUGGCCCAAUCAUGGACAGCAUCUUCGAAUGUACACUGGAGAUGAUCAACAAGGAUUUCCAUGAAUACCCCGAGUUCCGAGUCGAAUUUUUCAAGCUCCUCCAAGCGAUUAAUCUGUUCUGCUUCCCAGCGUUGCUCAAACUUGACGGACGACAAUUUAAAUUUGUCAUUGACUCUUGCAUGUGGGCGAGCAAACACGACAACCGCGAGGUCGAGAAUACAGGGUUGUCCAUGUGUCUGGAGCUGAUCAACAACAUGGCAGAGACAGACCCCCAGACUGCUGGUAUUUUCUUCCAACAAUUCUACAUCUCCAUCCUGCAGGAUGUGAUUUUCGUCCUCACCGAUUCGGACCACAAGGCCGGCUUCAAAUCUCAAUGCAUGUUGCUGGCACGGAUGUUCCAGCUCGUUGAGACCAAUAAGAUUUCGCAGCCGCUGUACCAACCAGACCAGGCCGCGCCCGGGACGUCCAACAAGCAGUUUGUCAGCGAGUUCACUUCCAAUCUGCUGCAGCGCGCUUUUCCCAAUCUCAAGGAGAUCCAAGUCCAGCACUUUGUCAAUGGACUUUUCACCCUCAAUGAAGACGCCACGAAAUUCAAGACUCAUGUGCGCGACUUUUUGAUCUCGCUCAAAGAAUUUGCUGGCGACAAUGCGGAACUGUAUGCGGAAGAACGCGAGCAAGAAAAGAAGAUUUUGGCGGAUGCAGAGAGAGAGCGAGCCCUCAAGGUCGGUGGUUUGAUCAAGCCAGCCGAUCUGGAUCAGGACGAUGAGCUGUGACUAGAGGAAGAGUUACGUACGGAAUUUGCGAUACGCACAGCAGAACCGCCAGCCGCUGCCGAACCCUCGGUCGAACACUAUGCGAUGGAGAAGUCGACCCCAGACGAGGAUUUCGAGAGCGGAUGGGUCUUCUACAAAUGUUGAGGCGCUUGUCUAGAAGACACGGCCGCAAUGGAGAAGAGGAGCUGGUCGGGACAGGCAGAGAUGGACGAGAAAAUGCAUAUCUUGUUUUGCUUGAAUUAUGUUAUGAUACCAAAAAGCAUGGUCCUCCGGUCGAUCGGUUAGAGUAUUGCUUGCGAGACUUCUCUUGGGCACUCUCUACUUGGCCUGGACACCAACCAGCGAUUGGAGAGGGGGACCAACACCACCGCAUCCGCCGAGUCGAGUGCUGCUGGAGGCCAAGGAUGAAGGGCAGAGACGGUCCGUUCAAGAGCAUGAGCUGCUAGAAGCUUAGAUGAGAGCUGAGAAGAGCCCAGCCCACCCGAAUACGAACAUUGGAGAUUUGAAAUGAUGCCGGACGGGCCUUUGUAGCAACAGAAUAGAGCAGUAGAGAGGAGGAUGAUCUCUUCAUAAUCUCUUCACACCAUAGCGAGCAUGGCAGUCUGCACUCGGGUC